ACAAAAUGGUGGAAGCUGUGAGCUGUUUGUAAGCUGAGCAUCUCCAUCGAGAGGCUGGAAACAGGAAGCAGGCAGGGAACUUGGAAGUACAUUCAUGCUCUGAGACGCAGGAGGACAGAGAUUCCCAAGCCCCAGAAGCGGUCCUCCUGGGGAUGGACCUGGCAUCAGGGAGUAAAAUGAACUCUGAGGGGGAUGAUGGCAGACCAGUCCCUCCUACCUCUCUACCUCUGCAAGGAGGAGCCUCACAGAGAAAAAAACUAUCUGCGCCUCGUAUCAGCCUGUCACUGGACCAGAGCGAGGAUGACUUCGGAGAGACACCAGAUGAUCUAGACAUUAAUGUCGACGACCUCGACACUCCAGAUGAGGGGGAUUACCUCGACUACACAGACCAUGAAAUGGACUGGGAAGAUCCCAAUACUGCCAACAGGAGUGCUACCAGUGAAGUCUACAAUACAAUCCCAACAUACAGUGCUGAGGAGGAACGCCAAGAUGGAAAACUGUGGAGGACUGUCAUCAUUGGGGAGCAGGAACACCGUAUCAACAUGAAACUCAUUGAGCCCUACAUGAAAGUCAUCUCUCAUGGAGGCUACUAUGGCAACGGAGUGAACGCCAUCAUCGUGUUUGCUGCUUGUUUUCUGCCAGACAGCGACCGAGAGGAGUACCAUGAAAUAAUGGAGAACCUCUUCCUUUAUGUGAUCAGCACACUGGAGCUGAUGGUGGCAGAGGACUACAUGAUUGUAUACCUGAAUGGAGCCACACCCCACAGAAGAAUGCCUGGACUUGGUUGGCUAAAGAAGUGCUAUCAGAUGAUUGACAGAAGGCUCAGGAAGAACUUGAAAUCCUUCAUUAUUCUCCAUCCAUCGUGGUUUAUCAGGACCAUUCUAGCCAUUACCAAGCCAUUCAUCAGCACCAAGUUCAGCAGUAAGAUAAAGUAUGUAAACAGUCUGGACGAGCUGCAGGAACUCAUCCCGAUGGACUGCAUCCAGAUCCCAGAGUGCAUCAUUAGACUCGACAAGCAGCUGAAGGAAGCGGCAGAGAACUCGAGAGUGAACAGUUUUCUGCAGGGAUCCGAGCCAACUGCAGCAAGCAGAACAGACAGACCAGACGCAGCUGGUGCCAGCGGCUCGUAAAUCCAAACAUCCUGAAUAGAUGGGUCACCUCGAUGCUCAGAAGUCACUGUUGUAUUGAAUGGGCGCAUCUGGAAAAUUGUGUAGCUAUUGUGUGUGCGUCUGUCAGUGUUUUGUCAAUUACACACUGGAGUUUAAUAAGAGAAUACAACUUACAAUAGCACCUGAUCAUGAUAAGAUCUUUAACGGCUGCUGUAGCACCUGCUGUACCUUACACCUGCAGUCCUGAUAUACAUGUAGUCUUAAGUGUGAUUUUUUGUUUUGGGAGCAUCAGCAGACUAGUGCCAUCGCUCACUUUAGGGUAGGGACUUUAAUUACACACUAGACAGCGCACUGCGCAAAUCCAUUUGUAGGGUCUAUAGUGUUGUAGUUGUGUGCAUGAGAAGCAGUGAAGCAAUAAUAUCACCCUUUACUGGUUACUCAGUCUCAGUAUUUCUGAUGAAGAGACUACUUCUGUGUACGCAGUAAAAGCACAGGGUGCCUUGUGCCAUGGAAGAUGACCAACUGGCUUUUGACCAAUCCAAACCUCUUUCUGGAAAAUUAACCAUAAAACUAGAUAUUUUACCUUUAUAGAGUUAAUCUAAGACUAAGAAGAAAUAACUUAAUUAUUAUAUGAAGCUGUCAGUGCUAUGUGACAGCAUGUCUUUUUAGUCGUGUUCUGCAAGUGUGUGUGCGUGUCUGUGCACACACAUGCAUGUGUCUUUCUGUCUAUACACGUCGAAACUCAUCCUCAGUUUCUGCUUGACGACCAGGAAGAAUCUCGGGUGAGAGUAGCGAUGGGAUCUUUGAUAAGCACAUCUUUAUCUGUGUGUGUCCACACGCAUGCGUGUGUGCGUAUCUGUGCAUCAGUGCAUGUCCCCCUCAUUAGAUAACCAAUGGUCCUCUUGCACAGUCUAUAAUGGUGUACUGAGGGGAUGCAAAGAAAUUGUUGAUCACUGGCUAGUAAUUCAAUAAAAAUAAAUCGAUUCAAGUCUGAA